AUGUCAUCGAAUAAGCAAAAUAAAAUAGCCAAUAAUAGAGCUUUACACGACGAGGAAGCCUCUGCUAAUACAUUGUCCCGCUCUCUAAGGAAGCCAUUGCUUGUCGAGCCUCAGCAAAAUUUUGAUAAUGGCGAUUUUAGCUCCAGUCAUUACAAUAAAGUUACCACCGACCCUAGAAGUUAUAGGAAUGUUUCCAAUAGUUUGCGAGAUGAUUCAAAAGUAAUCUCAAUUAAAGGGGGGUUUGAUAACAGUAUUGGCACGUUGAAGCCAAUUGCGAUAAAUAACACCAACUCGUUCCAGAAAGAGUCGAUGCUUUCUCAGAGUUUGAGGAAUACAAAUAAUGCUUUAAUGAGUAAAAUUUCACCAAACCCAAACAGUUAUACAACGUCUUUCGGUAUUGACAGUAAUACUAAUGACAAGUUAUCCUCUUCUUUCAAAACUGCAAAAUCUAACUCAGUGGCCAGUAGCAACCAGCACAAUUUGUUUUCUUUGAACCCUUCAUCAGCGGGUGUCAAAAGUCCUCGACCACUGAACAUGGCAGUGGAUGCUGAGAACCCUGAUCCUGCUACCGUUGACAUUAUUUCCCGUCAUUUGGUGGCUGGUGAUUUAGAGGCGAACUCUCCUGGAAACCAAGAGGUCAACUUAUACAACAAUCACAGCAGCACUGAAAAUGAGACCGAUACUGCGUCAUCGGUCAUCGGCGGUGAUGAGUUUGACAGUUUACAAUUACAAGGUGGCGAUAUAACUAGAGAAAUCUAUAAUUGGAAAAGAGAUCAUUCACGGGCCCCAAGAAGAACAAAAUCCUUCAAUACUAUUUCUAGAACAGGAUCAUUUUCAAGUUUCCAAGCUAAUGGCGGCACUAGUAAUCUUCCUAGCUUAAGUAUCGGUGCACCAAAUGACGGCAACUACCAUACUUUUGCUGAACCUGAUUUGAAUAUCAGUGAAAUUUUACUUCCAGGAGGAUUCAGAAGAAGUUUUAUUGCCCAAAAGCAAGCUAGACUCGGGAAACUUGACGGCAAUCAAAAACCAACCUUUUUCACGAGAAAUUUCAUUGAAUUUUUAUCCUUGUACGGACAUUUUGCAGGCGAAGAACUUAGUGAUGAAGAAGAUGAAGACGAAGAGGACUUCGAUGAAGCCGUCGAUGAUAGAGAGGCUCUAUUCACCGAAGAGGAUAGAUUGUUGCCAGAUUCUCGUGGCACAAAGAAAUUCAGAAACCCAGGCCAAGAGUCAACAGUUUCAACUUUCAAGGCAGUAUUAUUAUUAUUAAAGGCUUUCAUUGGUACCGGUAUUUUAUUCCUUCCAAAAGGCUUCUAUAACGGUGGGAUUAUCUUUAGUGUGGUCACCAUGGUAUUUUUCUCUGUUUUAUCGUACUGGUGUUUCUUGCUCUUAAUUGACACCCGAAUUAAAUCGGGCGUUGAUAGUUUCGGUGACCUUGGUAAAAAAUAUUAUGGUAGUGGUAUGAGACUUUCUAUUUUAACAUCUAUUGUGUUGGCCCAAAUUGGCUUUGCAUCGGCAUAUAUCGUUUUUGUGGCCCAAAAUUUAAGGUCAGUUUUGGUGGCACUCUUUGGAAAAGAUAUCUCAAUAUCGUUUUUAAUUUUCAGCCAAUUAGUGAUCUUUAUUCCAUUAUCAUUAACCAGAAAAAUCUCCAAGUUGUCAGGAACAGCGUUAAUUGCCGACUUUUUCAUUUUGCUAGGGAUCAUUUACAUUUACUAUAAUUGUGCCUUUGAGAUUGUCCGGAACAAUGUCAAGCAUGUGGAAUUUUUUAAUCCAAAUGAAUGGACCGUCUUCAUUGGGACAGCAGUUUUCACUUACGAAGGUAUUUGCUUAUUGAUUCCUAUCCAAAAAUCUAUGAAACAACCAUCCAAGUUCAGUAGCUCUUUGGGUGGUGUUAUGGUUGGUAUCACUGUUGUUUUCAUCUCUAUUGGUUCUAUUUGUUAUAUGGCCUAUGGUGAUGACGUCCAAACUGUUAUUCUCAACAAUUUUCCCCAAGAAAAUAAAUCUGUCAACUUUAUUCAACUACUUUAUGCAUUAGCAAUUCUUUUAUCAACUCCACUACAAUUAUUCCCAGCUAUCAGAAUUCUUGAGCACGGCAUUUUUGGAGCUAACAAAUCAGGCAAGUACAACCUCAAAAUCAAAUGGAAGAAGAAUUUAUUCAGAACCGCUCUUAUUAUUGUUACAUCCCUAAUUUCCUGGGUCGGUAAUUCCGAUCUAGACAAAUUCGUGGCUUUGAUUGGUAGUUUUGCCUGUGUUCCAUUAAUCUAUGUCUACCCACCUAUUCUUCAUAUAAAAUCUUAUGUCGAAGAAAUCAGCACUGGCAAUGCCUUCAGUGAAGAUAGAAACUAUUGGUUAAACAAUCAUAUCGCUUGCUACGCUAAUGUCAUUGUGACAAUUUUUGGUGUUGUUUUGAUGAUUUAUACUUCAGUUGACUCUCUCAAGGCCUGGAUCCAGUAA